UAUAUUCUCAGCUGACGGCGGAAAUUGCAAAAUCUUGCAAAAUUCCAUGGACGUACAUGCAUGUGUAAGUCACGUGAACCUUUCCCCGCUCCCAUUUUACCGCAGAUAUGCCUUGUUUCCGAGGCUCCGCCCCCAGCUCUGAUGACAUGAAUUACAGUCCUGACUUUCCUUCAGUUCUGUGUUGAAGCGGGUCGGCGGCGGCGGCGGAUCGUCUGUAGGGUCCGGAUUAGGAGACGACCAUCACCCCCAGAGUCGGGAAUCCGGCGGAGGGUUCACUGUCCGGGCGUGAAAACAAGUUCUCAUCGCUCCUGACCUGUCCAUCACUUGACUUCAUCUGUGACAUCCAAGCUCGCCUCGUUCUCCUCCCGAAACUUUUUAUUCAGUUAGACCUGCGGUGAGAAGUUUAUUGGAAGAAACGCCCACAACUGAAAACGAGGGAACAGCAACAAGUGAACCAGCCCGAGGACGGAGAUCAUCAAUUCAACAGAACUCUUCUGACUCGGAGUUUCCAUUGACUCAGUCAGGAGAAAGUUUGGUCAUUGCCAGCAGGUGAGGCUUUCUUCCACCCGGACGUCAGACAAGCAAGCGACAAUCAACCAAAGUCAGUCAGAGUUAGAAUGGACACAGAUCUGAACUCCGCCAUCUCCGCCUUCCUGUCAAAUUGUGACGAUCACCAACUGUUUCGGUUGACGAGAUUCUACAUGGAGCGACUGGAGCAGGCGAUUAAGGAGGGCGUGGAGGGAGUCAGCUUCAUGUUAAUGGGCGAGGAUCACUUCACCGGGCAGGAGUAUCACAGCGUGACUGAGCUCGCGAAGAAGGGAAACCGAGCGGGCGCUUCCAAACUCCUCCUGGAUCUGGUGAUGGAGAGAGGCUCCGGGGCCCGGAAGGUGAUGUGGGAAUCCUUUGUGAAACUGCACCACCAUUUACCGAAGCUGAGCAGAAUAUUGAAUGAAAUACGGGAGCGAGGUGACGGCCAGUUCGCCUACAUGGACACUGAGCGGGAUUUCUCUGAAGUGCCCAAACAUCUGAAAGAUGUUCGAAGGAAACACAUGGAGACUCUGCGGACACAAACUGAAACACUGAGAGUGAACACGAUCCUGAUGAGGGAGAAGGUGAAGGUUUUCCAGCUGGUUGAUAGAUACGCUGAGCUCACGGUCAUUUCUACUGUUCGAGAUCGGACACUGGUGGAACAUGAGCUCCUGGCAAGAGGCAGAGAACACGAGGAGUGGAGAGAAAAAGGUCUCCGUGGUAAGCUAGAAAAAAUCCGGACUGAUCAGUUAUUCAAGAGGAGUUUUGUUCAGAAAUUGAAAAGAUCUAUCUUUAGAAACAAAUCAGGGAUGUCCGCAGCAGUGGCCGGAGUCCCAGGGAUCGGGAAAACAACAAUGGUACAAAAGAUUGUUUACGACUGGGCCGAGAGGAAGAUAUACCAACAAUUCCAGUUUGUCUUCAGUUUCAAAUUCCGGGAUUUAAACACCAUUAACUGCAGAAUAAACCUGAAGGAACUGAUUCUGGAUCAGUAUCCUUACUUUGGGAAUAUCCUGAGAGAGGUCUGGAAGAACCCAGAGGGAUUGCUGUUUAUAUUUGAUGGUUUGGAUGAAUUCAAACACAGAAUCGAUUUUGCUGACAGUCGGAGAGAUACAGAACCCAAGCACCAGUGUCCAGAUCCCGAGUGGUGGUGCGAAGUGUCUGACAUUGUGUACAGUUUAAUCCAGGGCAAGCUGCUCCCAGGGUGUUCAGUGCUGGUGACCACCCGCCCCACUGCGUUACAUUUAUUGGAAAAGGCCGAUAUCAGUGUCUGGGCUGAAAUCCUGGGAUUUGUUGGUGAGGAACGGAAGGAAUAUUUUAUCAGGUAUUUUGAAGAUCAGACGGUGGCCGAAGCUGUUUUCAAUUAUGUGAAGGAGAAUGAGAUCCUGUACACCAUGAGCUACAACCCCUCCUACUGCUGGAUCCUCGCUCUGGCACUGGGCCCCUUCUUCACACAAAGAGUCAGGGACCCACAGCGAGUUCCCAAGACCAUCACCCAACUGUACUCCUACUAUAUUUACAACAUCCUGAAAAACCAUGGUCGUGAGAUUGAGAACCCCCGUGAUGUGUUACUCAGGGUUGGUCAGAUGGCCUUCAGAGGAGUGUCCGAGAGGAAGAUUGUGUUUACAGAUGGAGAUUUGAGCAAGUACAAUCUGCAGCCUUCCCAGUUCCUGUCUGGGUUCCUGAUGGAGCUUUUGGAGAGAGAGGAUUCUGCCCAAAGCGUGGUCUACACAUUCCCACACCUCACCAUCCAAGAGUUUGUAGCUGCAGUCGCACAAUUCCUGAAUCCACAUUCCGGGGAUAUCCUGAAAUUCCUCACUGAAGCCCACAACACAACAGAUGGGCGAUUUGAGGUAUUUCUCCGUUUUGUUGCUGGUCUCUCCUCCCCAAUGACAGCUCGGGGCCUGGAGGAGUUUCUGGGUCCAUUUCCUCAUCAAACAACCUGCCGGGUGAUUGACUGGGUGACGGAGGAGGUUAAACGCCAGAGUGGAAACACUUGGAGUGAAGCUGGUAAAAGGAGCCUCCUGAACACAUUGCACUACCUGUUUGAGUCUCAGAAUCGUGGACUGGCUCAGGCCGCUCUGGGAUCUGUGGAAAAACUUUCAUUCCGUGGAAUGACACUGACCCCGAUGGACUGCGCGGUCCUGUCUCAUGUCAUCGGACUCUGUGAUGCAAUAAAACACCUCGACCUGCAGGACUGCCACAUUCAGUGUGAAGGAAUCCAGCAGCUGGGACCCGGGCUGCACAAGUGCCAGGAGUUGAGAUUUGGGCGGAAUGACCUGGGAGAUUCAGGAGUGAAACUGGUGUCUGCGGCUCUGAGGAACCCGGAGUGUAAAAUACAGAUACUGUGGCUGGGGGAUGUCGGUCUCACAGAUUCUGGUGCCGAGGAUCUCGUCUCCGCUCUCAGUACAAAACCAUCACUGACGGGGCUGAACCUGAGAUCAAACUCGCUGACAGACCGAUCUGUCCCCUCUCUCCGCCGCCUCAUACAGACCCUCCCGAGUCUGGAGUGGAUCUGGCUGUGGGACAAUCCGUUCAGUGAGACCGGGGAGAAGGAACUGAGAUCUCGGCGGGGAGUCAGACCCGGACUGAGAGUGGAUCUGAACAUCUGAAUGUGGGGAAUCGGUUCAGUGAGACCGGGAGGAAGGAACUGAGAUCUCGGCGGGGAGUCAGACCCGGACUGAGAGUGGAUCUGAACAUCUGAAUGUGGGGAAUCGGUUCAGUGAGACCGGGAUGAAGGAACUGAGAUCUCUGCAGGAACCCAGACCCGGACUGACAGUGCAUCUGUGAUCCUGUGAACAUCUGAAUGUGUGAACAUCCCCGCCCGCGGGAUGGAGACAUUUGGCCGACUCCCCGCCCUCCCCUUUAACUCCCGCCCUUACCUUUAACGGCCGC